AUGGCUGUGCAUAGUUUUGUGGAUCUAGGGUCAACGAUCUGGGCCUUGCAGGGUAAGACGACUGGCAAACAACCGGUAGUCUCCGACAGUUUGGCGAUUUCAAGGUUUGUGCCUCCACGUGGCAGUGGACCGAUCCGGUUUAGCCGACCGAGAUGCAUUACGUCAGCCACUUUCGGGCCGGCGUCGGAUGCCGGGUUUUGCAAAUGGCUUGAUCGACCUUUUCUCGGCGCUCGUCAACGACUCCGUCACCCUGCAGCCCGUAUGGACGACGAACCCCAUUCCAGCAAGCGAAUCAAACUUGAACACUCGCCGUCUUUAGACGAUGUCAUACAACAGCCUCAGCUGCAAGACGAGGUCCAAUCAUUAGAUGAAGAUCACUGUAGCAUAUGCUUGCACUCCAAAGCGGAUACAACUGUCAUCCCUACCUGUUCGCAUGAGUUUUGCUUUGAGUGCAUCUUGAUCUGGACCGAGCAAUCUCGCAAAUGCCCGUUGUGCUCCCAAGCUAUUGGCGAUUACCUGAUUCACCGCAUUCGGUCCAACUAUGACUACCAAAAGCACUUCCUCCCUCCACUACGGACAUCACCACGUCCUUCUGCUCCAGCCCAGGUGCAUGGCCGCGGCCGUUCUCGGAACUUGCCGCGAAGAGACCGUCGAUGGGGCCAAAGAGCGCGGCAGGCAUCCGGUGAAGCGGAUCAGUUAGAGAGAGCUGUUGCUCGAAGGAGGUGGAUCUAUAGUCACCUCCUAUAUGCUAAGCACGUGGCGUCUAAUUCGUUCACUCGCUAUCGUCCUUUCCCUACUCCCGCGCAAUUCGCGAGUUCGCCGGACCUCAUCAGUCGCAUGACGGCUUUCCUGCGACGCGAGCUACGAGUUUGGCCCGACCUGGAUAUUGAGUUUCUGACCACGUUUACCAUCUCCUUAAUGAAAUCAAUUGACAUCCGGUCUGAGUCAGCAAUUAAGUUGGUGGCCGAGUUUCUAGACAUGGACGCUCCGUAUAUCGAAGGCAAUCGCCACGAGAAUGCGGAACAUUUCGCUCAUGAAAUUUAUUGCUAUCUGCGGAGCCCCUUCCGGGAUCUAAACGUAUAUGAUUCGGCGGUUCAGUACGACAUCCCAGCUGACCUAGCACCUCCUGUGGAACCGGAUCGAAGCCAUAGGUGGCGUGAAGGACGCCUCGAUCUACCGGUCAGGAGGGCCAAGCUAGCCAUCGAGACCGUCCUGAAGAACGUAACAUUCACUCACACCAUUCCCCACGCUCUGACCGGUAGCAGCACUCAGACUCGCGCCGAGGAUAACAUUGACCGGUUACAGAGAGCUAAGGAUAAGGGAAAAGCUAGGGAACAUUCUGUGGAUCAACUGGGCCAGGGCUAUGGGGAUGAACUCUCGUGCCUCGUGUCUCGGGAUCCACAUUUGAGGGCGAUGGACGUCUCCGACAAACCUGUGUCAGAAACGCGGCUUACUCCAAAGGGGGAGGCAGUUACCAACGCCGAUAGUACCAUCUCCACGGCGGCCACUGGCCCAAAUGGUGAUCCUAUCGACAGUGUUCUCCGCGCUACUUUAUCUGGGCAUGGUCGAGAACCAUCAGCCGCUUUAGCUCGCCUCACAACGGAAGGGCGCAGAACUCCUCGUCAUUCUACCCUGCGACAGUUGGUUGAAGCGCAUCUGUCGAGGUCUGGAUCGGCUGCAGAGAAGGAGUCUCGAGUCAACGACCGAGUCGCGCAGCCGGCUGCUGGACGCUGGCACGAGCGACUCCGACAUGGCGACGGACAACCCAACCAUGAGACGUCGCUAAAAUUAUCUCCCACACAAAGCAACGUCCCUUCCCUUUUAGCCAGACUUUCCGAUCCUCCUCCUGGUCCUGAUAAUGGUUUACUGCAGCGCAGCACUCGUCUUUCGCCUCCUUCAUAUGUGGGGUCGUGGCACGAGGCUGAUCCUGGACUAACACUUCAAUUUGGUGAUGAAGACACUGGCGCCGACGAACAUGGAAUGUUUGUUCCAAACGUGAUGUCACAAACACCCCAACCGGGAACGAGCCAUAUCCAGCAGCACCACGGGGUGCCAGAAAGACUCUCGACCGUCCGCACGGCGUCGUCGCACUCAGCAUCCACACCCAUGUUCCCACUGAGCGAUUCUGCCUCAUUUUUGGUUGACAAAGGCGCCAGUCUCGGCGGUCACAACGGCGACACGUUUCUCGUUGACGACAAUUCACUCCUGCCGUCACCGUAUUCGUCAUCUCAGCUCGAUAGGCGCUCUCGACUCCAGGAAAGGCUCCAAGCAGAGAGAGGGAGAGGAAGGCUCGGCCCGCACGAUGAGGCGGUCUCAGAAACACGUUUUCAGCGCGUUGUUCCGCGACAGGCGCCGUGCUCGCCAUCGCAGGGUGCUGGAGCACCGGCGCCACCACCAAUACCAGCGGCUGAUUCCGCGGAGCUUUCCUGCCGGGAAAGAGAACGUAAUGCGUCAGGACCAUCUCCGUUUCAUUCUGACAGCUCGCUCAAGGCCGGGAGGCGGACACCCUCUGCGCAUGCCGGCGGUCGUGCUGCUGGAUCGACGGCAAUUAUCAGGGCCGGUGAUGACCAGGCGGCAGGCUCAACAGACCGCAGGUACGUCGCCUCAGAGGGUACAUCCGGAGGCAUUGUUCACGGUGGCGAUGGCGAUGGCGAUGCAACCACCUCGCACAGAGAACAGGCAUUGAGAGCCAGCCUUGUGGGCCGUCGAACGUAG